AUGGCACAUAAUCACACUAUGAAUAAUAACACUAAUAAUAACAAUAACAUGAAUUAUAAUAAUAACACUACUAAUAAUAACAACAAUACAAAUGAAUAUCAAUCCAUGAUUGAUAGUAUCAGUGAUAUAGAAAAUGAAAUCAGUGUCUAUGUGAGUGAUGGUGCUUUUAUUGAACAAUUAUUGAGUCAACAUAAAGGUCUUCGAGGAGUUGGUGGUUUAUCUUUGAAUGAUCAAAAUCGACAAAAACGAAAAACUUCAGCUCAAAAGUCCACCCAUCCAUCAAACAACAACAACAACAACAGUAAUAAUAGCACUAACAGUAUUAGUGACAAAAAAUCAAAAGGAUCCUUCAAAGAUAAAGUCUUUUCAACCAUCAAAAAGGGUUUGGAACAAGUCAAUCAAGCUGCAACAGGUGGUGGAGGUGGAAAUAACACGACUACUACGAACAGCAGUAGUAGUACUAGUAGUAGUAGUAGUACAGGAAAGAGUGUGGUUGAUCAAUCGUCAUCCACACCCACCUCUUCAUUGAAUUCCUCAUCGAAUUCCUCUUCUUCUUCAUUGAAUGAAACAACGACGACGACUCACACCUCUAUCAACAAUCAACUUUCCAUUAAUGACACCUAUCAAUUGAUGGUUGUUUUUGAUUUUCAUUUAUUUGCAACUGGAGAUGAAAGUAUUGAAAUUCAUUUUGCCAUGUAUUCAUUGAAUGAAGCUCGUUUUAUUAGUGAGAGUAUUGUCAUUUCAAGUGACAGUGGUAAAAAUAGAAUUUCAUUAUUUCGAGAUAUUACUGGAAGUAAUUUAUUGAAGGAUGAUUUGUAUUUGGUUGGAAGAGCAUUUAGAAAAUAUGAAUUAGGACAUCAGAAUUCUUUGAAUACUUUUGCUUCCUCUAAAAAUCUCUCCAUUCAAAGUAGUAGUAAUUCAAUUUCUCCAAAUAAGGAUGAUUUGGAUAUUGACACAUUGAGAAGACCAUUGGCAGUGUGUGCCAUUCCAUUCGAUUCAGAAAGUAUCAAAGAAUUAGCCAAUGGACACUCUGUAACAAAAUAUUGUGAAUUUUAUGAAAAGAGUCAUGAAAAGAAAUUCACCAUGUUACAUGCAGUCAUUGCCGCUCAAAACAGUGGAAGAAAGCUCAAUGCUAAACCCACGUAUUUAUUAGAGGACGACCAUCCAUUGAGUACGACCAGUAGUACUAGUAGUAAUAACAACUCUUCCACCUUUGCAAGUGACAAUUUAGACAAUGCCAAUGAUGUCAUGGACUUUGCAACCUUACUGUCGGGCAAAGAUUCCUCUUCACUCUCUCGAAAAGGCUCCAUUCACAGUAGUUGUGGUAGUGCGCUGGGUGGAAUGAAUCCAACACUCCUCUCAUUGACCGCCAAUUCUGCAUCUACGGCAGUUAGUUCAAAUUUGGAUAGCCGACAUUCCGCUUUUGGCGGUAGUGGUUCGAAUCUCAGUGUGGCCACUCUGAGUAGUAGUAGCAGUGGCAAUACGAGUAGCACCACCACCAGCCCCAACACGACACUCCCUUCAGCGGCCUCAAAUCACGAUUCAACCUUGGUCCAGAGUGCACCCACCUCACUCUAUACUUACACUUCGAUUGGAAGUGAAUGUAAGGCAUUGAAGGAUCAAUUGAAUGUGAAUUUUGUGUUCUAUAAGGGUGAUUAUGAUGUCAUUAUGAAAGAAGUUCCACAAUUUCAACGUUUAUUCACAGCCAAACCUAUCAAUUGGUUCUCCAUCAACACAAAGAAUGAAGCCAAAACGAAUUACUCCUUUCUAGAGAAUCGAUGUGACAUUUAUCCAUGUUUGGAUCGAGCCACUUUUUCAAGUUCCAUUUUGAAAUCCAAAAAUCCACUCAUUGUGAUGCGAUUAUUUGAAGUGAAAAAUCCACAAACGAAGGAAGGUAAAUUUAUUCCCAUUUAUAGAACAAACACAGGACCUGGUUCGUCGUCUUCGUUCGUGAACAAACGAUCCAAUAGUAUAACCAGUCAGACUGAUUCAUUUCAUUCGAAUUCAUCAAGUGGUUCAAAUUUGGGAGGUAGUUUUUCAUCUAAUGUUGAAUCUUCUUUCACUAGCACCACAUCAUCACCCAACAACCAUUUCAAUCCUUCUUCUUCUUCAUUCUCUUCUUCUUCUUCUUCUCAACAACAACAAGAUGAAGAGAUUAAUCAUGAACACGACAUGAAUGGUCCUUUCCAUUAUUCAAGUUAUGUCUUUUGCAAAAAAACCAAUCCAAAAUAUUUUGAACCUUUUCACAUUGAUGCUUCACAUGUGGAGAAUUUUGAUCAUCUCUAUUUAUACAUUUAUGUCUAUAAUGUGAAUUACAAGUCAUCAAAAUAUGAAUUAGAGGAACAACCUGUAUUGAUUGGAUAUUACAAAUUCACAGAUCAAGAUUCACUCAUGAAUUUUGAAAAGAUGAAAUUAAUUGAACUCUACAAGACGAAAUCAUCUUUGAGUAGUCCGAGUGGUGACUCAUCAUCCUUAUUGAAUCAUUCAUUCUCCAACAUUAACAAUAACAUUAACCUUAACAACAACAAUAGAAUCAUCACUUCACGAACCAAUGUACUUGCUGUCAUUCCAGAUUUGAAAAUGAGCAAACCAGAAAAGAAUAAUAUCAAAAUGAAAUUUUAUGAUGAACAUGAAGAUAUUCGUAACAAAACUCUUGAAAUUCUCUUUUAUUUGAUUGGACAAUACUUUUCAAAGACUGAACAAUUAUUUGAACAAAUUGUGUCAAAAAUUCCAAUCAGUGAAAAGGUCUAUCAAUCCAUUUUGAAACAUUUAAAUGAUCGAUUUCAAGAAUCCAUUACAAGUCUUGAAUCCAUUUUGAAAGAAUUGAAUGUUCCAACCACCACCAUCAGUAGUGCCAAUACCAUCAGUACCAUCAGUACCACUAAUAAUAAUGCAAGUAGUAAUAGUAAUGGUAAUAGUACCAUUACUACGACUAGGACUAGUACUAAUAGUAAUAGUAGUACUAAUAGUAGUAGUACUCAUCGAAGGAAUAGUCUUGGAGGAAGAUCCUCAUCCUCAUCAACAAGUUCUCCUUUAAAUAGCACCAACACCACAUCAGCAACCACAUCAGCAACCAUUCCUGAAUCUCACUACAAAUCUCUCUAUCAUGCCAUUCAAUCCUUCUCUCUGGUCAUGAUUCUUCUCAAAAAGAGACACUUUUCAAAAAAGAAAAAAUCAUUCCUUGUGCCAUCCAAAAAAGAAAAACAUUUGAAAGAAAUUUCUGAAUUCAAAGAACAAUUUCAUAGUCUCGUUGCCAAAUUAUUAGCCAUUUUCAAUUUGGAUGGUAAAAAUGUUCCAAAUAUAGCCAUCAUUAAGGGAAAUUUGAUGAAAAGUCUCACUGUGAUCUUUUUUGAGAGUAUUACAACCAUCACACUCACUGAGAAAUUUAAUGUUUAUUCCAAUGUAUUGAAAUGUAAAUGUUUUAUUCAAUUAUCAUCACACUAUCAUUUAACAACAAUGACGACAACGACGACAUUAGAUGCAUCUAAUCCAACUACUACUACUACUACUAGUCCUAGUGGUGGUAGUCCUAGUGGUAUUCAAAGUGGUACUACUAGUCCAAUGAUUCAUCGAAGUGGAAGUAGUAAUAGUAAUAGUAGUAAUAAUAACUCCUCUAAUACUACUACUACUACUACUACAACUAGUGGUGGUGGUUUCAAUUCUCCUCCACAAACAUCCUUACAACACAACCAUCGAUAUGAAAUGAUCGAUUCCAUCAUUUUGAAAAUUCUCUUCCCAAUGAUUCGAGAAAAUUUAAAGACCCAUUCGAGUGCUACUACGAGUGGUGGUAUUCAAAGUGGUGGUGGUAUUCAAAGUGGUGGUGUAGAGACCCAUAUGAACACCACCACCACCACCACCACCACCACUCAUGCUUCUCAACAAUCUUACAAACAUUAUUUAACUCUUUUAACUCAAAUUUCAAGAUUAUUCGAAAUGAUGUUACUCCAUGUGUUGAGUGUUGAAAAAGAAGAAAAAGGAAUUGAUAUUCCAACACCACUUAUCAUUCUCUUUGAACAAUUAUGUCAAUUUGGACCUACUCUCUAUCAUUUGGACAUGUCAUUGGCCAAUGAAAGUAAGAAGUAUUUGAAAGAAAUGUCAAAUGUCAAUUCAGAUUUAUUAUCAAAAUCAAAAAUAUCAUUUGAUCAAUUAUAUACCAAUAACUUGGAAUUGAGAAAGAAGAUUUAUUCAAUCUAUUAUGUGAUUAUUUAUUGGUGUUCAACUGUAAAGAAUUUUGAAUUGUUCAAUCAAACAAUGAAAAUAGAUUCAAACACCAGAGAGAAUAUCAUUUCAAUAAUAUUGACAAUGAUUAAUUGUACAUUGAAUGGAGGAGAAUUUGGAGACAAAUCGUGUGCUGUUGUUAAUCCAUUGGUUUCAGAAAUUGAAAUGUUUCGACCUUUCCAUAAAAAGCGAGUGAAGGAUAUAUUUGGAUUCUUACAAUAUUUACAAAAGUUGGAACAAUUUAAUAAUUUGAAUACUGUCAUUGUAGUCGAUUGCAACUUGUUGAUUGAGAGUUUAUGUUUGGCAUCCUUCUCGAGUAUUCUUGAAACCGAAACUAGAAUUACCAUAUUUAGAAAUAUGAUCGAAUACUCAACGACUCACAUGGAACGUCAACAGUCACCACCAAAAAACCUCUCAAAUCCUCUGAAUUUACAAAAAUUCAUUGAAAUACUAUUCCUCAUCUUUUCCUCUCCUCCUUCUUUGAAACAAAACAAUUCGUCAAAGAAUUCUUUAUUGACAGAGUGGAGUGAAUUUGUGUGUAAGAGACUCUUUUCCAAGAUUAAGAAUUCCAUUCCAAACUUGGAAGAAUUCUUUACAAAACUCUUUGAAAAUUGUGUGAAUUUAGAUUUGGUGAACAUGUACUUUAUUACUCCUCUCGAUAGUAGUAGUAAUAGUAGUAAUAGUAAUAGUAAUAGUAGUAAUAGUAGUAGUCAGAGUGGUGGUCAGAGUGGUAGUGCCAUUUCCAAGAAGGAUUCUUCAACAUUUGAUCUUCAACAACUCGUGGUGAUUAAAAUGUUCAAUCAAUUGGAAUUGAAAAGGAAAAAUCAAAAACUUUCACAAGUGGAUUCACCACAAAAGAAAGCUAAAAAGAAUGUUUUAGUAGAUCUUUGUGAUUUGAAUAGUGAAGAUAAAAAGAUUCUUGCCAUGAAAAUUCUUCCAAAAGAAGAAGGUAACAAUGCAGAAUUCAUUCAAAUGUCCAAACUCAAUCACAAACACAUUCUACCUGUUUAUGAAAUCUUUGAAACUAAAUUAGGAAAUUAUGACAAGUGGUGUUUCACAAUGCCUUUCCUUGAAUUGGGUGAUUUCCAAUCCUACUUGUUGAAUUUGAAAUCUCAUUUACCAAUUAAUAGAAUUCUCAAUUUCAUGGAUCAAAUGUUAUCAUGUAUUGAAUAUAUUCAUGGAAGAGAUGUUUAUCACAGAGACAUCAAACCAGAGAAUUUCCUUUUAAGGAAUGAAGAUGAAGUGGUAUUGAGUGAUUUUGGUCUCUCCAAAGGUGAUGUUGAAACACUAGUCACUAAAACGAGUAUUGUUGGUACAGAAUUAUUUCAAUCACCAGAAUUAUUUGCAGGUGAUGUCAAAAAUGUCUCUAAAACAGAUAUUUAUGGAUUGGGAUGUGUUUUUUAUAUCAUGAUUACACGAGAUUUCCAAACGACUGUUCGUAUUUCAAUCAUGAGUAAUGGAGGUAAAGAAAUUAGAGAGAAAUUAACACUAACUUUGUGUGGUAAUGUUGGUAAUAGUGGCAAUGUUGGCAAUAACAGUGGUGGUAAUCAUGACAAGAACUCGAAUCCUGUGACAAGUGGUACAAGUGGUGGUGAUACAAGUGUCUCACACCAUGGUGACACCUCCUCUUCCUCCUCUUCCUAUAAUAUUCAAGCUCUUAUUGAUUUUGUCAUGAUCAUGUUGGAUAAGGAUUAUGAGAAAAGACCAUCAGCAAGUGUAGCAAGACAUGUUUGGUUAGAACAAAAGAUUGGUUACAAGUCGUCUUCACUUGAAUCAAUAUAG